AUGGCCGCCCGCCCAGUGAUCGAAUAUUACUUCUCCUUCAUCUCGCUAUGGUCCUAUAUCGGCAGUCGGCGUUUCCAGCGACUGGUUCAGGAAACAAAUGCCCAUGUCAUCCACAAACCAAUUGACCUCAUGUACAUCUUCUCGAUAUCCGGGGGCCUCCCUGUGAAACAACGGUCGGCGCAACGCCAGGCCUACCGGUUACUUGAGAUGGAGCGGUGGCGACGUAUUCACGGCAUUCCAAUAGUGCAGAAUCCAAAGUACUACCCGGCCGACCCAUCGCUCGCUCAUCGUGUGCUACUGGCGGCCAUCGAGGAAUCCGGCAAUGACAGUCUGGCUGUGCAGGAAUUUGCGCGGCUUGGUUUGGAGGCGGUUUGGGCGAGAGAGUUGGAUAUUGCAAACGAAGCUACGAUUGUGCAGCUGGCCAAAGAGGCUGGACUGAGUGGUGAUCGGUUGCUACAGAGGGCGAAAACUGAGCCUCUGCUGGCAGAUCAGGAGACAGCCUUGACGAAGGAAGCAGAGAUCAGGCAGUAUUUCGGCGCCCCAUUGUACUCUUUUCGAGGAGAGCCGUUCUGGGGCCAGGACCGGCUGGAUAUGUUGGAUGAUGCUAUAAAGAGCGGGAGGGAUCCCAUCGUUGUACCGAGUCUGCCAUAG